CUCUUUGACUAAUCACUACUGUAGGUUCGGGGGGUCGUCAAGAUGGCGGAAUGAGCAGCUGCACUUUUAGCAGGGUCUGAAAGAAUAAUUAAUAAUAAUUUCGUCCUAAAAAGUGUCAUUCUAGACCAAAAUAACUAACCCAACGCAACAUUAAGAUUAAAGCAACACUGUAAAGUAAGCUUCAAGACUCCAGCUGUGAAAAAAAGAAGACGUUAAUCUGACUGACGACAUGGAUAAGGCUACAAAACAAGCUAGCACGCGAGACCAUGACUACAAUUUGGCAAUACUCAAAGAGGCGUGUGAUGAUGAAGACAUUCAGGAGCUGGAAGACAUGGAAGAGAGCACGGUAACUCUUUUGAAUGAACACACACCGCUCCCCAGUCCUGAUCCCAAAAGACUGAAGAAGAGAGACAUGAAAAGGAGAGAUAGAGAAGCUAACGUUAGCAACGAUAGCAUCUACGAAGCUAUUCAAACAGUACUGCAGAGAUUUGACACACAAGACAAGCGUCUCAAGAGCUUUGAACUCCGCAUAGAGGCUAACACACAAGGAGGAAAUUGGAAAAAUGCAAAAGCAAAUAGCCUGUCUGAAGAAAGAAAACAGCACUUUGAUAGAAAUGUGCAAAGACAAUGUCAGAUACAAGAGGAGAUGGGAUCUGCGGCUACUGGGCUUGCCGGAGAAAGACAACGAGGAUGUAAAAGAGGCUAUAAUUGGGAUCCUGACCAGGGUGAUUCCAGUGGCAGUGGACAAAAUCCGGGAGUUGGUCGACACGGUUCAUCGUCUGGGCAAGAAAAAUGAUGCAGCGUACAACAAAAUGCCGAGGCCCAUCAUCAUUCAGUUUGCAACGCGGACGGCCAGGAACGACAUCUGGAAGAAAUCCAAAGAUGCAAGAGUCUGCAAAGAACUGAACAUCCACUUCAGGGAGGACUUUUCUAAAGAGGAUCGAGAGGCCAGAGCCAAGUUGUGGCCGAGAGUGGAAGAGGCCAGGCGUAAUGGCAGAAAGGCUUUCCUGAAGGAGGGAUAUGCUAUCAUCGAUGGCAUACGAGUUGAGCCCUGAUAACGGGACAAAAAAGGCAAAUGUCUUUAUCUCAGCUCCACCAACCAACGACACAAAAUGAUCAUGGUUAAAGAGGAGCAGCAGGAGUGGAGCUCCAGUGUGGACCAGGAGGACCCAGAGCCCCCACACAUUAAAGAGGAAGAGGAGGAACUGUGGAGCAGUCAGGAGGGAGAGCAGCUUCAAGGGCUGGAGGAGGCUGAUAUCACCAAGUUCACAUUCACUCCUGUCCCUGUGAAGAGUGAAGAUGAUGAAGAGACACCUCAGUCUGAGGGACACCACUGUGGAGGACCACCAGGCCCACCAGCAGGACCAGUGCCCGAAGACGGCGUAUUACCAUUGCCCAGAGAGUCUUCUGAAGCUGAGACUGACGACAGUGAUGAAGACUCAAUCGUAGCCGAGAUUGAAGUCAGUCUUGAUGACCUGGACGAGACCAGAGAACCUCAGUCGGGUUUAAACUCCCUGAAAACUGAUUCCAGACGUAGACCUGGUGAGAAACCAUUCAACUGCUCCGAGUGUGGGAAAACAUUUGGCCGCAGGACACAUCUCAAGAUCCACAUGAGAACUCACACAGGAGAGAAACCGUUCAGCUGUUCCGUCUGUGCGAAGUCCUUCACCGUUGGCGCACAUCUGCAGACGCACAUGAGAAUCCACACCGGAGAGAAACCUUUCAGCUGCUCCGAGUGCGGGAAAGCGUUUGGCAACAAGGUGGAUCUGAAGAGACACUCAACGAGUCACACAGGCCUGAAACCAUUCAGCUGCUCCGAGUGCGGGAAAAGAUUUGGCCUUAAGGCGGGUCUGAAGACGCACAUGAAAACUCACACAGGGGAGAAACCAUUCAGCUGCCCUGAGUGUGGGAAAAGGUUCAACAACAAGACUAAUAUGAAGAUCCACAUGACGGUGCACUCAGGAGAGAAACUAUUCAGCUGCUCUCAGUGUGAGAAAUCUUUCACACGAAGUGGUUAUCUACAGACGCACAUGAAAACGCACACUGGAGAGAAACUAUUCAGCUGCUCUGUCUGUAAGAAGUCGUUCACACGGAGCGGAUAUUUACAGACACACAUGAGGAUCCACACGGGAGAGAAACUCUUCAGCUGCUCCAUGUGCCAGAAAUCCUUCACAGGAAGUGGAUACUUAGAGACACACAUGAGAACCCACACAGGAGAGAAACCAUUCAGCUGCUCAGUGUGUGAGAAAUCGUUUACACAGAGAGGAAGUUUACAGACGCACAUGAGGACUCACACAGGAGAGAAACCCUACAGCUGCUCUGUGUGUCAGAAGUCUUUCACACAGAAGGGAAGUUUACAGCUUCACAUGGGCGUCCACACCGGAGAGAAACGAUUCAGCUGCAGUGUCUGCGGGAAGUCCUUCAGACAGCGUGACAGGUUACAGACACACAUGAGAGUCCACACAGAAGAUAAACCAUUCAGCUGCUCUGUCUGUAAGAAGACCUUCACCAGGAGCGGGCACUUACAGAUGCACACCAGGAUUCACACCGGAGAGAAACCGUUCAGCUGCUCUGACUGCGAUCUGAAAUUCACCUGGGUUUAUCAGCUCAGGAACCAUCGGUGUGUUGGCCAUCAGUCCUCACAGCACCAUGGCGGAGAAGACUGUGGAGGACCAGAACCAGACAGGAACCCAGAUCCAGAUUUACAGUCUGUCACUGAUGACAGGAUCAGAGACACGGUUGUAGCUGAGAUUGAAGUCAGUAUUGAUGAUUGGAAGGAGACCAGAGAACCUGACAACAGGACGGCGGAGAGUCCUGAACCUGAGGGGGACGACAGCGAGUUUUAGAAAGACGAGAAAGAAAAAACAAACUGUCAGAUUUGAACAAUUUGUGACCACAGAGCACCACAAUGACUAUUUAGUCACAUUAUCAAAAGAAAACAGUUCAUUCUGAUUUUAUUAUUUGAUGCAGCGUCCUCAGUCAUCUGGAGCUGGACUUGUUCUUCAGGAUUCUUUCAGAACUGGGGUGGGGGGGGGGCUAGUGAUGAUGUGACAACAACAUCUGGGAAAAUACAUGAAUGAAUAUGUGAGAUGAAAACGAGAACAACAAUAAUAGUAAUAAUGAUAAAUAAGAGCUGACCAUUAAAAUCACAAAAACAAUAACAACAAUAACAAUGAGGAAAACAAAAAUAAGAAUGAAUAACAAAAAAAUACUGAUAAAAUAAAUAAUAGGAAUAAAAACAAAAAUAAUGUGGAAGAAGAAAUAUUGAUGUUAAGGCAGAAAUUAAAAAACACUCUGUAAUGACAGAAUUAUGUGUUUGAAGAAGAACAAAUCAAGGCAGCGGUGAGCUCAUGAAUUCAGUCGGUGUGGCGACCGAAGCUUCUGCUGUAGGUGUAGAGAGAGAGACGCUGGCCUGGUCUGAUGGAAUCAGUCAGUCAGUCAUGAGCACGUGACUGAUCUUUGUUCGUCUCUGCUCAGAGAAUCAGGUCUGAACGAAUCUGUGAGCGUCGACGAUGAUGUUUGACACCAGCACAAAUAACUACGAUUUACAGCUUCCCAAAAAUUAAGUAGUCAUGUAGCGCACGAGCUGCGUUGUCACGCAGGUGGCAGGACCUGCUAUUCAUUCAUUCAUUCAUUCAUUCAUUCAUUCAUUCAUUCAUUCUUCAUCUAGUUUAAGACAGUGCUGUGUGUCGACACAUUAUUUUCAUUUCAUUCACAUAAUUUCGUGACAUGGUCGAUUUCUGAGGUGAUUUUAAGAUGUUAUUUAUUGACAGUGGAGAUACUUCAAGGUGUGAAUGAAUGAAAUGAAAUCAUGAUUUAUGAUUACUUAUGGAAGUAUUUGAUGAAGUGACUGAGUAAGUCAUUUAAUUGAUUAAUGGGCUGUUUGAUUAUUAGUUGUAAUCACUGAUCUUAUUUGGAAUUAAAAGAAUAAAAACAAUUUAACACUUAUUACAAAUAUUCAAAAGGACAAAAAUAUGAUCAAAAUAAAACAUUUAUAUGACAAAUACAUUGAAUAAAUAUCUGGAACAGCCUGAGAGUGAUUGUAUUAACACCAGUAUUUGACAUGGAAAAUGUAUUUUGAUUUGAUCAAAAGUCAGUGGUGCUUUAUGUUAGUUAAGACAUGGAAUUAUUGAUUGAAUCAACCUAAUGAACACAUGGAACACAU